CGUCUAUAUGACAACAGAACGCCAACGGCAGAGCCAGAACCAGCGAGGACCUGCGGAGAGACACAUCAGCACACCAUCCCAGCAUUUCUCACCAGACGUUCUGAGGUUCAACCAAGAUGUUUGCUAAACGUCUUCUGCUCAUCUGCGUGACCAUUGCUGUUUGUGCAGAUGCUGAGGAUAAGUCCAGGCUCUACAGGAGGCCCUCCUGUGUGGGGAUGACCGUGACUCAGGCCUGUCCUCUGAGCUACUCUCCAGUCUGCGGCAGUAACGGCAUCACCUACCCCAACGAAUGCUCUCUGUGUGUGGCCAGACUGGAAAAAAGUGUUGACAUUUUGAUUGUGAAUGACGGGCCCUGCUCACAAUGACAUCAUCGCACUCUUCACUCACUGAUGACAUCAUCCCAGUUCUUCUUAAUCAGUGAUGUCAUCACCUGCAUCUUGGACUACAGUUGGAUUGUAGCUAAUUAGCUGUUAGCGUGUAGCUAACAUGAAUAAACAUGACUGUAGAUGUAUGUGCUCAUAGUUUAAACAUCUAUUGUUCGAUGGUGAGUCAAAUAUUUUCAUUUGUCUGCAUGAACAUUUUUCAUUCAAAUCUUUCCUGAAUAAACAUUUUAAUUCCU